AUGGUGACAAGGAUCACGCUUGUCACCGUGAUUUGCCUCUUGGCAGGUCCGGCGUUCGGUGGACGUCCUGCAUGGAAGUGGCUCGUAGAACCUUCGGACAUUACGCUACCCUUUGAGCAGGAGUUGAGUGAUUUCCCGGAGUCUUUGGGUCCAAACCGCCGUCAGCCGGUGGAUGAAACGUACCGGCUACCGAACAGUACCUCUCCCGUACAUUAUCAUUUGGCGCUCAGGACGGCCAUUCACGAGAACAAUCGUCAAUUCCGUGGUACUGUGACGAUCCUUAUUGAGGUCCAACAAGCCACCACAACCGUCACCGUGCAUAAUCGACGACUCGUGGUGCAGCGUGCGUUCUUACAUGAGGUCGCAGAAGGGAAUGUAGUAGGACCGCAGAUAGAACAAGUGUCUCACAGCACCGAUACGCGCACGGAGCAUCUAACUUUGGCGAUGUCCCAAUUGCUUCCGGCCGGUUCAAAAUAUUUCGUGCGUAUCGAGUUCGAAGGGCAGCUGCAGAACAAUAACAAUAUGGGCUUCUUUGCUUCGUCCUACCUGGACAACGAAGGAAACCGGCAUUAUCUAGCCUCGAGCAAGUUCGAACCAACGCAUGCGCGUUCAGCUUUCCCCUGCUUCGAUGAACCUCUUCUGAAGGCGUCCUUUGAGCUGCAAUUGACGCACUUCCGGGAAUACAACGCAGUGGCCAACAUGCCUCAGGUCGGUUCGCCCGUGUCAGAUCCGGAAAACGCGGACUACGUUACGACGAGCUUCGAAAUCUCAACCAAAAUGUCCACCUACCUGUUGGCAUUUGCGGUGAGCGACUUUGCGACCCGAUCGUCCGAAAAACAGACGGUGUACGCGCGCUCGAAUGUCUACGAAGAGACACAGUACCCGCUAGAUGCAGGCAACAAGAUCCUGGAUGCACUGGGUGUCUAUAUGGACAUCUCUUAUUACGACUACAUGCCGAAGAUGACUCAAAUCGCUAUUCCGGAUCGAGGUACAGGCGCCAUGGAAAACUGGGGGCUAGUAGCUUAUGGUGAGCCCGUUCUUCUUUUCAAUCCGGCAAUAAACACGUAUCGGAACCACAAGAGUGUAACAACGAUCAUCGCACACGAGUUUGCGCAUCAGUGGUUUGGUAAUCUGGUCAGCCCGGACUGGUGGGAAUUUAUUUGGCUAAAUGAAGGCUUCGCUACGGUGUACGAGUAUCUCGGAGCUCAAUUGGCCUACCCGGAAGGUGAAUACUGGGAGCUGUUUACCGUAGAGGUGAUCCACAAUGCGUUCAGUGCUGACGCGAGCGAAUCCGUCCGCCCAAUGAACUGGAAUGCGGCCUCACCAGACCAAAUUGCGGCACUUUUCGAUACGGUUGCCUACGACAAAUCAGGCAGCGUUCUAAACAUGUUCCGCGAGGCACUUGGUGAUGAGAGCUGGCGCCAAGGAUUGAAGAGCUACAUGUUCGCUCGACAGCUCGAUGGUGCUACGGCGGAACACCUGUACGCCGGUAUGCAGGAAGCUCUCGCAUUGAAUGCCCCGGGAUUGCUUCCGGCUGGUGUCACCGUACGUCAGUUGAUGGACAGCUGGACGUCAGAGCCAGGCUUCCCAAUUCUUAACGUUUACCGUACGUACGACGAGGACCAUGAAGUUGUCCUCUCGCAGGAACGAUUCCUGUCGAGCAGCCAACUCCCGAACGGCCACGUGUAUCACAUUCCGUACGACUACACUGGAGGAAAUGCGCCAAAUUUCGAACCAUCGCCUGCUGGUUUCGCAUGGCUCACCUCCAAGGCGGCCAUAUUGUCGACGAACGUCCCGAACGACGACUGGCUCAUCUUCAAUCGCCAGCAGACCGGAUACUAUCGUGUUAAUUAUGACGCCCGCAAUUGGGAGCUUAUCAUCGAAGCACUGCUUGCCAAUCCGGAUCAAAUUCAUCGUCGCAAUCGUGCGCAGUUAAUCAACGACGCCUACAACCUAGCGCGAGCAGAGCGUUUGGACCUUGGCGUGUCCCUUCGCUUGAUGACGUACUUGCGCAAGGAAACGCAAUACGCACCGUGGACGGCUGCAGGAAGCGCACUGACUUAUUUCAAUAACAAAUUGCGCGGAACGCCACACUAUGCACACUUCCAGGCGUACAUGAAUCAGAUCCUUCUCGACAUUUAUCCCACCUUGACGAUCGAUGGAGUCGCACCCACGGAAACCAUGUUGCAGCUGUACCUCAAGCAGUUCAUCAGUACUUGGGCCUGCCGUGUGGAGCACGGUGAUUGCCUGGCAAAGAUGAAGCAAGCGCUUGCUGCCGCUCACGAAGCUAACACUCCCGUUCAUCCGGACGUGAUGACGGCGGUUUACUGCAACGGACUUGUCGACGCCAGCGACGAAACCUUCGUGUGGGUGUACGAACAGUUCAAGAACUCCCGCAGCCAAGCACACCGUACAGUGCUGAUAGAUGCUCUUGCCUGUUCGCGCAAACCCAACCAGCUGAGUUCCUUCCUUUCGGUUGCCCUCGGCAGCGGUAGUGAAUUCGAUGCCAUGCUUUCUUCCGAGCGUACGCGCAUCGUUUCGGCCAUUUACGGUGCAAGCCGGGCCGGUGUGGACGCCUUGAUAGACUUCCUGAUGGUGCCAUCGCAGAUGAGCGAGUUUGUGUCCCGCUUGGGGCAGUCGACACUGAAUAGUGCCGUAUCCAAUAUUGCCUCACGCACAAAUAACCAGGAAGAGCUAGACCGUCUGAAUGCGCUUUUGAGCAGUUUGGGAUCGGCUAUUUCCGAAUCCACCGCCAAUAGUGCUCGGGCAACGGUGCAGAACAAUUUUAAUUGGUUCAACACCCUCGAAGGGCUGGUGGCUGUUGAAUUCUUUGAGGGGAUGGCAACUACUCAACAGCUAUUGUAA